AUGGCCUCAAGGAUUGGCCCGCGUACCGUCAAGGACGCCACCAGGUUCACCUCGACGAUUCCUCACGCCACAUCCAAGACGGCCGGCUCGGCCUCUUCAUCCGCCUACGUCGCCACACCGAAGCCCUCGAGAAUUCCCGGCGAGACGCCAGAGCAGCGUGUUAAGCGACUGCGACUCGCGCACCUGGCGGCGCAGAAGGCCCAGAUCAGCCAGACGGACCGCAUCAUCGAUGCCUCGAGACGAUUCCUCGACGUGGCCCACCGAUGGACCGUAGGAGGCAUUGUCGUCUUCACUGCUGUUGCCGGCGUUGUCAGCAUAUACUCGGUAUGGGACAUGCUUCGAUAUAACCGCGCCCGACGCGCCGAGUGGGUCGAAGCCCAGAAGAAGCUCGGAUCGGACGAGCUCGCCACCGCCCGCCUGGCUUACCUCAAGGGCGAGGCAACCGAGGAGCAGAUUGCGCUCGUCGACGCGGCCAACCUCGAGGCCGAGGAGAAGGGCAUCCGCCUGCCGCCCCUCAUCGCGCCCCCCGAGCACCGCACGCACUUCGAGGAGCACCUCAAGCCCACGCUGCAGGGCGACGGCAGCGGCACAGAGGCUGCGACCGGAAAGGGCGUAUUUGGCGUUGUCUCUGGUCUGUUUGGUGGUGGCGGCAAGGAGGAGCCGGCCACGUCGGCCACCCAGGCUGUGGCCCAGAAGGCCGAGGCUGUCGAGUCCGCGGCCAAGAGCGCCUGGGACAGGGAGUUGGAGAACCAGCGCAGAGGCGGCAGCCUAGACCAACUUGGCCUCGCUGGCGCGUCGGGCGAGCAGGUUUCUACCAAGAAGGGAUGGUGGCCCUGGUAG